AGUGGAAAAUUGGUUAAAUGACCACUUUUGAGGAGGCGAUAUUUCAAGUUUAAGAAUUUAUUUAUAUAUAAUUGGGUUUUUUUAUUGUGUGGAUCAAUUUGGACAUAAAGAUUGUUCCCGAGAAGAAUGAAGUUAUUCUGUUGGUCGGUUUUGAUAUUAUCUAUAAACCAUCGAUCGCAAUCCAGGACCAGGGAGUCAGGGGUCGGCAGUACACUCUAUAGGCCUACAUGUAUAUUUUGGAAUCAUUAAAACUGUGAAAAAGAAGAAAUGCUUUUAGUAACACAUAAAGAUUUAUUCAACAUCGUUUUUUCUUUUAAAUUUUUUUUAAGUAUCUUUAUAAAUCAUGCAUUGAAUGAAAAGUGUCCGUUUUCGGUUUUUGUAUUUAUAACACAGUACUAGAUUCAAACUCCGUACAGGUUUUUUUUAAUUGUGUGAAUCAAUUUGGACAUAAAGAUUGUUCCCGAGAAGUAUGAAGUAAUUCUGUUGGCCGGUUUUAAUAUUAUAUUUAAAACAUCGCAAUCCGGGACCAUCGGGAGUCGGGAGUCGUCAGUACUAGAUUUACCGCCCACCCUUUACGAUACCACCGAAAACGAGACUGAAAAUGUGAUACCGGAUCUGAUGUCACAACCCAUCAUUGUCGGUUUUUUUCACAGCAAGACUGAAAACAAGAAAAUAUUCGAAGAGAAAUGGCAAGUAAGAGUAAGGGACGCAUGUGUGUAGUUGCAGGAUGCAACAACAGACCCUCGGACACCGUUUCCGUCCAUGUUUUCCCUAAGGACAAGCGACAGAGAGCAGCAUGGACUCGAUUUGUGAGACUGACCCGUGCAGACUGGACAGGACCGUCAAAGCAUACUGUUGUUUGUAGUGCACAUUUCACGGACGAAUGUUUGGAGGCUCAGUUUUCACUGAUGAGGGAAUUUGGAAUUCCUGCGAAAAAACGCCUCUGCCGUGGUGCGAUUCCAUCGCUUUAUCCUAAGUGGAAAGUGAGCGACCCCAACCUUGCCUUCCUCUCUUCGCCCAAGUCUAAACCCAAGCGCCAGGCUGCCGUCAAGCUGGAGAAAAAUAGGAUAUUAUCAGAAUUGAUACCAGGGUAUGAAAGUACUAGCAAGGCAGUAUCAGAGGAUAGGAUGGAAGUACCUGAGAUUGAAAAGAUGGAAGUAGAUAAUCCAAAACCAGGUGAAACAAUGCCUAAGCGAAAAGGAAAGCGCAACUUUAGGGAAAAGAUGGUGUUGGACAGAAUGAGAAAAAGAGAGAAGAGACGACAGGACCGUCUAGAACAGGCAGAAUCUUUUGUCCUUUGUGGGGAUGUCUCAGCUUCUCUCGAUACCCCCUUUAAUGGCAUGCAAGAGACAUAUACAACUGAUGGAGAAAAAUGUCCCCUGAAAAGGUCAAGGUCAAAACGGGGUCGUGCAGCUGUCCAUGAUUUUGAGGAGGAACUAUAUUCACCUGCUAAGAAAUGGAAAAGAACAUCCGGCAUACAGUCCUCAUCCGUACAUCCGUCGGAUUCUUCCUCUCAAAGUUACGAUCCAAUUUAUCAAGAGUCUCACAUGGAAAGUGAUCCCAUGGAUCCGUCAGAUCUCAUCGCUGUGAAGAGUGAGCCGACGGAUUCUUCAUACAUUGUCUAUAUAGACAAUGCAGAGGAGCCGUCAGGAAUGACAGAAAUGGUGGCCUUGUGUUAGGGGAAUUUUGGGAUUGAAGUUCCUGAAGAUACAGACAAGAUUUCUGAUCCUGUCACAGAGAUAGAAAAUUCAGCCUUUUCUCAGUCUUUACAAACACACAAGACAUCUGAUACCUGUAACACACAGCUAGAAAAUUUCCCAUCUGAGAAGUAAGAAUAGAAAACCUGUGAGAACAUCAAUCAUCAUGAACCAUUGAGAGUACAUAAACAAACUCACAGUGGAGAGAAGGAGAGGGAAUAUUCGUGUUACAUCUGUAAUAAAACCUGUCCUACGCCCGGCUUCCUGAAAAGACACCUCAGGACUCAAAGAGGAACCGCCAUGUCCCACCCAAAGAGGAACUGUGGUGUCCCGCACAAAGAGGAACCGUGGUGUCCCACCCAAAGAGGAACUGCGGUGUCCCGCCCAAAGAAGAACCACGGUGUCCCUCCCAAAGUACACUAGACUCUCUAGAGGACACCAUCACAUUGGUCGCGUUUUCCUUCACUCUGCUAUUUGUACAGUAGACGACGGAUAUCUCCGAGUUGACUAUUGUUCAUCAUAAUAUUGACAAUCACCGAUGGGGCCACUUCCAAGCAGAUUAUACGAUAUUGACUAUCAUCGAUGGGGCCACUUCCAUGCAGAUUAUGACGUCAGUGAUGAUGUGGAACCAGUUUUGUAUCUUGAUAACAAUAGGGUUUAAAUUGUAGGAGAUUUAAAUGCAAGUUGUAGGUGGGGCAAAAAAUCACUGUGAGAUUUAAAUGUCAGUGGUAGGCGGGGCGGAAAAAAAAGCACUGGGAGAUUUAAGUGCUAGUGGUAGGUGAGACAAAAAAUCACUGGAAGAUUUAAAUGCUAGUGGUGAGCGGGACAAAAAAAAUCAAUGGAGAUUUAAAUGCUAGGGGUGGGCAGGGCAAAAAAUCACUGAAAGAUUUAAAUACUAGUGGUAGGCUGGGCAAAAAAAAUCACUGGCAGAUUAUAAUGCGAGUGGUAGGCGGGAAAAAACAACCGACAAUUACAUUGCGGGAAAUUAAAGUGCUGUAUGGCUGUAGAUGGCAACAGAUGUGCUCCCACAUUUAAUCAUUCCAUAUAAGAAUAUGUAUGUAUUGUACUAAUUUAUGUCGGAGAUCACAACCAAAACUAGUUUGCAUAUGUUUGUUUAUUUCUUACCUUAUGCAAUACAUUUGUAUUUUAUUUCAUAUUCCUUAUUUUACAUUUUAUGAAUCCAAUUGUACAAUAUAUUUAUAUACUGCUUUUAUCACUUGUGGCAUUUUACACCCCUGCAUUGUAAAUACUCAGCAGUCGUUGAUUCAUGCUGUGUCAUUUUAUGUCCCUGCAUUGUAAACACUCAGUAGUCGUUGAUUCAUGCUGUGUCAUUUUAUACCCCCUUCGUUGUAAAUACUCAGUAGUCGUUGAUUCAUGCUGUGUCAUUUUAAGUCCCCGCAUUGUAAAUACUCAGUAGUCGUUGAUUCAUGCUGUGUCAUUUUACACCCCUGCAUUGUAAAUACUGAGUAGUCAUUGAUUCAUGCUGUGUCAUUUUACGCCCCCGCAUUGUAAAUACUCAGUAGUCGAUGAUUCGUGCUGUGUCAUUUUACGCCCCCACAUUGUAAAUACUCAGCAGUCGUUGAUUCAUGCUGUGUCAUUUUACGCCCCCACAUUGUAAAUACUCAGUAGUCGUUGAUUCAUGCUGUGACAUUGUACGCCCCCACAUUGUAAAUACUCAGUAGUCGUUGAUUUAUGCUGUCAUUUUACGCCCCCGCAUUGUAAACACUCAGCAGUCGUUGAUUCAUGCUGUGUCAUGUAACGACCCCGCAUUGUAAAUACUCUGCAGUCGUUGAUUCAUGCUGUGUCUGUGUCAUGUUUACUUUCACAGGAAUGUGAAGAUGUAAGUUAUAUUUUCUCAAGACAUUUAAAACAAACAUUCUGAGGUCUCUUGUACAGUUUCAAAAUUUUUAUUUUGAAUUUGAAAAGUGCUGAUCAUGACAUGCAUGCCUUUAAAGGACUAAGCAGUUUUUAAUGUAUCAUCAUAGUAUAUUUUGAAUUUAUAAAUGUUUUUAUAUAUCAUUUGUCAAAUAAUCUACAUGCUGUAUUAAAUUUUGAUUUUUGAAUGAGCAUCUAUCAUGGUUAUGUAUUUACUGAAUUCUCUGUACACUUGUAAGUUGUCUGGUGAUGUGAGAAUGUCCCUGGUGUAUUUACUGAAUUCUCUGUACACUUGUAAGCUGUCUGAUGAUGUGAGAAUGUCCCAGGUGUAUUUACUGAAUUCUCUGUACACUUGUAAGCUGUCUGGUGAUGUGAGAAUGUCCCUGGUGUAUUUACUGAAUUCUCUGUACACUUGUAAGCUGUCUGAUGAUGUGAGAAUGUCCCUGGUGUAUUUACUGAAUUUUCUGUACACUUGUAAGCUGUCUGAUGAUGUGAGAAUGUCCCUGGUGUAUUUACUGAAUUCUCUGUACACUUGUAAGCUGUCUGAUGAUGUGAGAAUGUCCCUGGUGUAUUUACUGAAUUCUCUGUACACUUGUAAGUUGUCUGGUGAUGUGAGAAUGUCCCUGGUGUAUUUACUGAAUUCUCUGUACACUUGUAAGCUGUCUGGUGAUGUGAGAAUGUCCCUGAUGUAUUUACUGAAUUCUCUGUACACUUGUAAGCUGUCUAGUGAUGUGAGAAUGUACAAAAUCGCUGUCAUACCGUGAAAAGGUCAGCAGACUGUUGUAAAAUUAGUGUUAAAUCUAGAGAGGGCACACAUAUCAUAUGUUCUAAAGGGCACUUUUCUUAGCGGCAAGACAAUUUCGGGGCACUUUUAUUCUAUCAUACUAUGAUAGUGAUAGAAUAAUCAUUUAGCCUCUUUAAAAGUUAAUACCUGCUACCUUGAUUUUAAACUUUUCAAUUAACUUAAAAAAAACAAAAACAACAGCUUAUAUUAAAUAUUUUUAAAAAUUAGAGAAGAAAGGGCAUGGUGCAAUUAAAAAGGGCAUGACGCCAGCCAAGAAGGGCAUGGUGUGGCACCAUGCUAGUUUGCUUGAUUUAACACUAAAAAUGGUGCUGAAGCCUUGAGCUGGAGUAUAUAUGUCAUGGCAAUGCUUUCAAUGAGAUGCAGGUAUAUUUAUUCAACAUUGAUGUGAUCAUUCUGAUUCAGCAAACCCGUGUUCACAAUUUUCUUUAAGGAAAAGUUUAUAACAUGAAUUUGUUGCAGGAAAUCUUGUCAUUGGACUUGUACGUACAGUUUUAUCUAAACAUUCAAGCCACUCUUUUCACAAUUAUGACAAAGUAUGCAAUCGUAAGGAAAGACAACUCUUCCACAACCAGGAACUUCCUCAAUUUCAGACAUGAUAAUAACGUGUAUGUCAUUCCAUGUUCUAUUAUAGUACAGAACUAUCAAGAGGCAGUUCCACCCUCUAAUUUCUAUGAGUUUUGCUGUAUUCUUUUAUAAUUACAUUAAUUAGGAUAUGGAGCUCACUUCUGAAGUGGGUCAUAUUGAAAUUUGAUUUUAUGAUUGAAAACUUUUAGUAUCAUUAUAUUUAUUUUGUAUACAUGUAUGUAUGUACAGUAAAUGAUAUGCCUUUUUACACAAUAAAACUAUGACAUUGAUA